UCGAAACACUUUGUUUCCCGGUUGACUGACACCAGCAGAAUUGUUUAUUUUUAUUCACCAUUGCCAAUCUUUACAAAGAAGCUGUAAGGUCUCUUUGAAUAUUUAAUAUUUCACGACAUUGCAAAUAAUACAUGGUUCACAGUAGCCAAGUAAUCCAUGGACUUUCUAUCAUAAUUUAUCUACGACACGUAAAAUAUGCUUACUUUAUAUUAUUUAAUGAAAAACUCGAAAACACAAGCCAAACUAAGUGCAAGCGAGUAUUACAGUAUUUUGAAUGAAAGUAAACGUUUUAAAUUAAAAGGUGGUUCCGUAGCAAAGUGUCGAAUUUGUUUACAAGAAGGUUCUUUUCCAAUAUACGGAAGCAAAGAUACCGAUCUCUAUUUAGAAGUUAUACAAAACGUUGGUGACGUUCACGUAAGUGAGGACGAUGAUUACCCUAAACAUUUAUGUGAGAUAUGCCACGACUUUAUUAAAGGCGCAAUAUUAUUUAAAAAGGUAGCAAAGGAAUCUGAUAACAUUCUGAAACAAUCAGUGAAAGAAGAAACUGUUUACGACCAGACAUCUGAUCUAGAUACCCAAGAGUUGAGCGACAGCAGCACAUGCGACACAGUACGACCUCGGAAAUGGGGUAAUAACCACCUUUUCUCUCAACUCUCACUUAAGAAAGUCAAAGUGGAGAGAGGAGGUAGAGUAAACAAUUAUGCACCCAAAGUCACAUGCAAAAUUUGUAAUAAAGUCAUAAAUAGGUCAUACAUUAAAGAACACAUGACCAUGCAUGACCCUGAUCACAAGAAAUUUGUAUGUGAUGUAUGUGGCAAGUCAUUCAGGCUGAGAUGUGCUUACCACAACCAUAGUCUAAGACAUAGAAAAGACUUUCCUUUCAAAUGCCAAUUCUGUCCGUACCGAGGAAAAUAUUCUGAGCUACUGAAAAACCACAUGCGAACACAUACUGGGGACUAUAGAUACAUGUGCACGGAAUGUCCAGCCCGAUUCCUCUUCAAGAGUAACUUGAACAAGCACAUGUUGAAACAUAAAGAGCCUCAAUUCAAGUGUGAUGCCUGUAAAAGAGCCUUCCAUACAAAAUUGAUGCUACAAAGGCAUUUUGAUUCUGAUCAUUUGGGGAUUAAGAACCAUGUGUGUAAUCUGUGUGGGAAAGCAUUUGGGUAUAGAAAUGCUAUGAUGAAACAUCAGAGACAUGUGCAUAAGAGGGAGAAAUUGAUGUUUGGAAGAAUGCCUGCAUACUUAGCAGCUGAGCAUAGAGUUCAGGAUUUAGGGCAGGAUGACUCCUGAACCCUUAAAAAUAAACCUGUAAUCAAUAUUACACUAUAUUAUUAAAGUGUAUUGUAGUUGCUCUUUAUAUUUAGUAAUAAUGUAAGUAUUAAAAACUUUUAAUAUCUGCCAAUAAAUCUAUAAUAUACCUGGAA